GUGGGUGAGAAAACAACUUCCUGUAGCUGAAGGAGCUAUUAAAACAUCCCGGUCCAGUAAUUCACGACUUCCAAAUUGAUUGGUGCGCGUGUGACCACUACAGAUAUCCGCUCCACGUUCUCUCAUCGGGACCGUCGACGUCAAGCGCGAGCAAGCAUGAGCGGCUUGGACGAAGGCUGCAGCGAUCCGGCGCACACGCACGACGAGCUGUCCGAGCCGCCUCUUCGAGGUUUGAAAUUGGCAUCGCACGCCGUGCUGGAGAAAGUGCAGCAGAGGGGCAGGUCAAAAUGUGCGAAAUGCGGAGGAUCAAGGAUGUUCUUCUGCUACACAUGCUGCUUAUUAGUGGACGUCAGUCUGCAAGAAAUCCCCGUCGUCAAGGUCGGUAUAAAGCUUCCAGUGAAGAUAGACAUCAUCAAGCACCCCAACGAGACCGAUGGCAAGAGCACUGCGGUUCAUGCCAAGAUCCUCGCACCCAGCGACGUCACCAUCUACACGUACCCCUGCAUUCCCGACUACGAUCAAGACGAGGUCGUGUUGGUGUUCCCUGGUCCAGGCGCUGUCACAGUGCAAGACAUGGUGCAGCGUUUGCACGAGAGGACGGACAGCAGGUCAAGUGGCCCCCGCUUAAAGAGGCGGAAACUAGAGAACGUUCCAGCCCACGCGCACGCUACGGAAGAUCCGGGGUCAGGGGCCCCGGAUGAAACGAAGAGCUCCGAAUCGAGGGCGCAUCCCGUCCAGAAGGUGGUCUUCAUCGACAGCACGUGGAACCAGACCAACAAAAUCAGCACAGAUGAGCGACUACAAGACCUGCUCCAGGUUGAGCUGAGGACGAGGAAAACGUGCUUCUGGCGCUCUCAGAAAGGCAAACCAGACACUUACCUCGCGACGAUCGAAGCCAUCUAUUAUUUCCUCAAGGACUUCCACGAACAGUGCCUUGCUCAAGAGUACAGCGGAGAGUAUGAUAAUCUUCUCUUCUUCUACUCUUACCUGCACACAGUUGUCAACAAGUCAAAGGAGGCUGGAAAGAAGGAAGCCGAGAGGAGAGAAAAACAGCGACAGACUGAAGCAAGACUAUAAAUCCAAGUCAAGUUCCCAUUUUGAUUUGUUUGGAAUGGAAACAUUUGUUGGAAUAAAAUGUUAAGGAUUUUCAAUGGCAAAGUGAAACUAAUUAAUCCAGUGUAAAAAAAAAACAAAAAUCCCACUUGAUCCAGAGCUAGCAUGUUAGCAACCAGUCACAUUGUAUGCAAAGCUCUACCAUUGUUCCAAAAAGUCUGAACAUUUCAAACUGCAUCUUUUCUUCUUUAAAAGUGAAUAUACCAAAAUCAGAGAGUCAGGAUUAUACGUUUCCAUGAAAAAGGAUUAUUUCACUUUCAAAAGCAGCACAACAGGAGUCUCAAGUACUUUUAAAUAUAUUUAUUUACAAACCAGUACAUAACAGUCCCAUUCAUGAAAUCUCAUCGAGUAUUGUACAUUUUAAGAUCAUCCAUUUCAUUAGAUACAGAGUUCAAUAUCUUAAGAGCCAAUGCUGGGGUUGGAAAGAAAAAUAUUUCUUUUGUACCAUGGGGCCUAGUAGAAGGCCUCCCUGAUCUUGGCUUGGAGGCUGUCGCAUGUCUUCUUGGCGUCUCCCAGCAACAUGGAUGAGUUGGCCUUGUAGAAAAUGGGGUUAUCCACGGCGGCGUAGCCCACACCCAAGGUCCGCUUCAUCACGAUCACCUAGAGAAACGUUAGGAAAAACAAAAUUGUCCGACUUGUGUCAAAAGGAAUACAGUGGUGCUUUGACAUCAGAGUUUCAUUUGUUCUGUGACCAUGCGUAGAAUACAAAUCAUAUUUCCCCAUUGAAAUGAAUAACAAUGCCAAUAAUGUGUUCCAGCUGUCAAAAAAAAAAGAACAACAAUGUUUGUAAUAUGUUUUUUGAAUAGGGCACAUACUUUAUUUAAGAAAAACGUAGUUAUGACAACUAAAAUGUAAAGAAAUAAAACGUUUUUUU